AUGGCUUCCGCUUCAACAGAAGCAUCAUUAUCCUCGUUAUCAGCAGCACCGCUACCCGCGGAACCAGCCGUAACUCGAAAGUCAUUCUCGAAAGAAGAAAUCCCCGCGGUGGUUACCACAUAUGCGCCUAACAACCCGCGCACGCUCGCCGUCGCGACCGCGCCGUCCCCCGCGCGAACCUUCGAUUCAGAUCUCCCGGCGAACCUUCGCGAAGGAGCAGCGGUAACCCGGAAAAGCUUUCCGAACGGCGAUAAAUACGUGGGCGAAUGGGCGGGAGGAGCACCGCACGGCACCGGAAGAUACUCCUGGGUGGAUGGGAGCGUGUACGAGGGGGAGUGGGACAGAGGACGGAAGCACGGCCAAGGGUGGUUCGAACUAACUGACGGCACGCGUUACGAAGGGGAAUGGAAGGACGGCGCUCUACAGGGCGUGGGUAGCCAUUGGGCUCCUGACGGAGCAUUCUAUACCGGGAACUGGGCCGCUGGGGUGAAGCACGGACUCGGUAGGAAGCAUUACACUAAUGGAGAUGUUUAUGAGGGGUUCUGGAGCCGGGGGGUGCCGGACGGUCCUGGUCGGUACAAAUGGAGCAACGGGAACGAGUAUUUCGGGGAGUGGGAAGGCGGGAAGAUGAGCGGGUAUGGAACGCUGACGUGGGCGAAUGGGGAUAGUUACGAGGGGGAGUGGGAGGCGGGGCUCGAACACGGCGCGGGGACGUUCAAGUGGGCCGACGGAAGCUGCUUCGAAGGCACGUGGAGCAGGGGAUUGAAGGACGGCAAAGGGUUGUACUUCCCGAGAGGGUAUGAGGAGGGAGAGGAAGAGGAGGAGUGGGUGGAGGAGGAGGGAGGUGGGGGAGGGGGUGAGGAGAAGGGGGAAGCAGGGAGCGGGACGGGGGUUGGGGGGGAGGUGGAGGGUACUGCUUCGGAGAAAGAGGCGGCCGCUGCUGCUGGCAGUGGUGAUGCGGGUGCUGCGGGCGCCCUAGGGGCUUCAGGGGUUUCCGCCGCUGCUGCUGGCGGUGGUGGUGUUGGCGCAGGAGGCGGAAAGAGAGGGGGUCGCCCGCUGGGCCGCGGACUGACGAUGGCACGUGGGCUGUCGAUUGGCCGGAGCGUGUCUGUGAUUGGUGGAGGGCGGGCGGGGGUGCUGCGGGACUGGAAAAGAAAGGAGGCGCUGGAACGGCAGUGGGCUGAGUGUGAGUUAAAAUUAGGUAAGUCGGAGUCUGUUCCCGCACCCGGGCCGCUGUCUAGGGGCGCUAGGGGCAUGGUAGGGGGUAGGCUGUGGGAAAGCUGUCAGGAGCGGGGGGGGAGUGUAGGGUCCGGUUGGGAGGAGACGGUGGGGAGGAUUGCGGAGGAGGCUGCUGAUGUGGCGGGAACGGGAGCGGGGGAGGGUGGGGAGGAGGAGGUGGGGAAGGGAGGGGCGGAAGGGGAGGCUGGGUCUGCGGGUGUGAGUGUAGCGGGUGUGACUGAAGGGGGGUUGGCGGUAGAGAAUGUGGUUGUAGGCAGUGAGAGUGGCGAUGCUGUGACUGAUAGCAGUGGGACUGCUGCUGCUGCUGCUGCUGCUGGUGCUGCUGUGGGCGAAACAGUAGAGGCAGUUUUAGAAGCAGAGCAGAAGACGGAGGGACAGGUAGCAGGCAAAGAGAAGGCAGCGAAGCAGGGAGAGGACGAGGCGACUGCUGCUCCUCCCAAGCUAUGGAGAAUGUGGAGCAAGGAGAAGGAGAAAGACAGGGAUACCCCUCAGCAGCAGCCGUCGCCACAGCAGCAGCAGGGAGAGAAAGGAAAGAAGGGGCGCCGCUGGUCUCUUCGCUCCACCAAAUCAUCUGCAGCAGCAAAGCCCUCAACCCCAUCCCUCGACCUCCCCCACGCGGCCUCUGAGGGAAGCCUAGUCAGCAUCGGCGCCGGCGCCAGCAACAGCGGCACCACCCGUAGAAGCAGCGUUGACAGUGCUGGCAUUGGUGGUGCUCCAUCCUCCACCACCACCACCACCACCCCCACCACCACCACCACUGCUGCUGGUGGUCGUCAGAACAAGCCCUCUUCAAAAGCAGCCGCGGCAAAGCUGACUCGCGUGUUCACCAUGGGCCCUGUUCCUGCUAGGGAGAACAGCGGCCGGGUUGACAGUGCGGUUCAGAACGGUGGCGGGUUAGCGGGAUGGGUGCGUGGGUCAUCUGUGGGUUCGGCGAACGGGGAGGAGGUGGAUGAGGGGCGGGCGAGUGCGGAAGGGGAUGGAGGUGGGAGUGCUGCCGGGGGAGAGGCGACUGACAGGCACACAAGCUCCUCUCAUGGUGAGUCAGUCUCUUCCCUCCGUCCGUGCCCUCCACCCCCUUCCCUGUACAAGGAAGUGCAGGCAGGCAGAGGCUGCACAAGCGGCAUUUCCAGCACUACCAGCAAGAGCAGCCCUCUCCUUUCCCACCUGCUCCCCAUCCUGCCAGCCCAGGGGAGUGAGGCCGGCACUGCCCAGGAGAUCCAGUCCAGGCGGGUGCUGAUUCAGCUCUCGACCCGUGCUGCAUCUGCCGGCGCCGUGUUCUCAUCAGGCCGCCGGCAGAUGCAGCACUUUGAGACGCCGCCGGCAGAUGCAGCACAGGGGGGGACUUCCUUCCCUGCACUGCCAGCACAAGUAACCCCUUCCCGUUCCCUCCUCCCACCCGUUCCCCAACCUGUAGCCCAAGAGAGUGAAGCGGGUGCUGAUUCAGCUCUCGACUCGCUGCGUUCAAGUGCCAUGUUCUCAUCAGGCCGCAAACAGAGGCAGAAUAGGCAGUACAGCAAGGUGGUGACAGUGCGGGAGUACGUGCAGGGGGUUCUGGUGGCGGAGAUCCCAAGGUCCAAGCUGCAGCACGACCUCGUGAGGCGGCGUGGCCCCACGCGCAGGGCGGGGAGAAAGGCGGGCGAGCUGAUAUACAAGGGCCACCGCAGCUACGACCUCAUGACGGCCAUACAGCUGGGGCUCAGGUGGGGCUCAGGUGGGUCUCAGGUGGGGCUCAGGUGGGGCUCAGGUGGGGCUCAGACACUCCACAAGGCAGCCAGCACCUCUCCCAGUUGCCCCUUCCGCACCUACCCCUUCCCCAGCAGCCCCUUCCUCAGAAGCACCUCCCCCACCUCCCACCUCCCCCACCCACCCCUCCCCAUCCCACCCACCAGACACUCCACACGGCGCGCAACACCUUCCCAAGUUGCCCCUCCCUCAGAAGCACCUCUUUCACCUCACACUUCCCACCUUCCCCCUCCCCACCCCACAUCCCCAUCCCGCUGCCCCAUCCCACCCACCAGGCACUCCACAGGGCGAGCAACACCUCCCCCAGUUGCCCCUUCUGCAGCUGCCCCUCCCUCAGAACUACCUCCCCCAUCAGCGCCCAUCCCAGCAGCAUCCACCCUCACCACACUUCCCGCAGCUGCACCUUCCCCAGCUGCGCCCUCUGCACCAGCCGCACCUGCCCCAGCUGCGCCUGUCUCAACUGAUCUGCGUGCAGAGGACUUUGAGGCGGCAGACAGAAUGUGGUUCCCCCCGGAAGGCUCCUCGUGCACGCCGCCCCACAACACGCUCCCCUUCACCUGGCGCGACUACGCUCCCAGGGCCUUCAGUGAGCUGCGCGCCAUUGAGCUGCGCGCCAUGUUUGGCAUCGAUCCAGCUGACUACACGCUGUCUCUGCGGCGAGGCGGCAACGCCCUGAAGGAGCUGGCGUCCCUCCCCGGGCAAGCUGACUCACAGCAUUCUCUGUGCCCCCCUCCCGCUCAUCCAUGUGCUCCCUGUGUCCCCCCUUCCAGUGAGCUGCGCGCCAUGUUUGGCAUCGAUCCAGCUGACUACACGCUGUCUCUGCGGCGAGGCGGCAACGCCCUGAAGGAGCUGGCGUCCCUCCCCGGGCAAGCUGACUCACAGCAUUCUCUGUGCCCCCCUCCCGCUCAUCCAUGUGCUCCCUGUGUCCCCCCUUCCAGUGAGCUGCGCGCCAUGUUUGGCAUCGAUCCAGCUGACUACACGCUCUCUCUUGAGCUGCGCGCCAUGUUUGGCAUCGAUCCAGCUGACUACACGCUCUCUCUCUCUCUCUCUCUCUCUCUCUCUCUCUCUCUCUCUCUCUCUCUCUCUCUCUCUCUCUCUCUCUCUCUCUCUCUCUCCCUCUACCUCUCUCUGUGCCAACAUCCGUCACCCACCCGCCCCUUCUUUUACUCCCCUCCCCUGCAUUCCCCCUCCAGUGAGCUGCGCGCCAUGUUUGGCAUCGAUCCAGCCGACUACACGCUGUCUCUGUGCGGCGACAACGCUCUGAGAGAGCUCUCCUCGCCCGGCAAGUCGGGCAGUGUGUUCUAUCUGUCAGACGAUGAUCGGUUUAUCAUCAAAACCAUGCGCGCCUCUGAAGUGCAGGUGUUGCAGCGGAUGUUACCAGACUAUUUCCGGCACGUGCGCGACUGCGAGCACACGCUCAUCACCAAGUUCUUCGGGCUACACUCCAUCCGCGUUUACAACACAAAGCAACCUUCCAACCUGCCCCGUUCCUCUUCUACAAGGUAUGUCCGUCUGUGGUACGAGGGGAAGAGUGUGAGGGUGCGGCUGCACACGGUGCUCUCCUCCCCCUCCAUGCUCAUCCGCUUUGUGGUGAUGGCCAAUGUGUCUGCCACCGACCUGCGCAUGCACCGGUGCUCCGACCUCGAAGGGUCGUCACAGGGGCGCAGCGCAGAGAAAGUUGCGGUUGAUGACAGGACUACUACUCUCAAGGACCUGGAUCUCGACCUCUCCUUCCAUAUGCCCGCCUCGUGGAGAGCGUUAAAGCACAGGUGA